AUGUUAAGUUUCUUUUUGUAUAUUUUCAUUGUUCCACUUUCAUUAUCCUCAAUAUUUCUUCCCUGUCUUUCUUGCUACACAUCCAUUUUCAAUGAAAUCAUAAAUACUAUCCCUUACUUUGUUUUCUUUCACUCUCUCUUUUCUCAUUGUCUUCUUCAAAUCUCUCUUCUUACCUUUUCCCUACAAUGCUUCUGUAUCUUCUUUUCCUUUCUCCAUUUCCCUUGGAUCUUUGGGCAUUCAUCAUUUCAUUUUUCUUCAAUCUCGGCCGUUUCUCCUUCUCAUUAUUUCUUCUCCUCCUUCAUAUCUUUUCACCCUUCUGUUUUUCCAUACAAUUUUAUCUUUACUUUCUUCUCGCCAAUACUCUCCCUACUUCAUUCAUUCAUCAUUUUUUUCUAUCUUUAUCUAACCCUAUUCUCCUUGUUUCACUUUUUCAUAUUGUCUCCUUUCUUGCAAUUAUUUCAGUUUCCUUUCUUUUCCCUCCUUCUUACAUUGCCUAAUCACUUCCACAUUUCGCAGUCAUGUGACUACCUCUAUCUCCUUCUCUCCCUUCCCCUCACACACACACUCACUCACUCACUCACUCUUUCUUUCUUUCUUUUCUCUCUCUCUCUCUCUCUCUCUCUCUCUCUCUCUUAA